AUGUCUGAGUCAACGUCUGCUGACGAAUUGUCUAAUAUCGAUGUAACAGCAACAAAUGAACAACCAAGAAAAUAUCUUCGUCGAAAUGAAGAUAUAAGUAUUGGUGUAACAACACGUUCUCGACAGCGUGAGCAAGAUAAGAAAAACAAGGAAUCUGAACCAACAGAAUCCAUGCCAACUGAUCAAUCGAUGUCAAAUACACUUAAUACUACUACAUCAAUAGAACAAUGUGCUAUAUGUAUGGAAAAUUUUGCUGCACAAGAAGUUGGUAUACCAGAAAAUUGUGAACAUUCAUUUUGUUUGGCAUGUAUUAUUGAAUGGGCUAAAAAAAAUAAUUCAUGUCCAAUUGAUCGUAUAGCUUUUCGUCGUAUUUUCAAAAAACAUUCAUUUAUCAGUUCAAAACCAUAUGAUACUAUGAAAGUCAAGGAUAAUCGUAUAGAAGUUCAAUUAGAAGAUGAUUUUCUUGAAAUGAUUGAUGAUGAUAUAACAUGUCGUGUUUGUGGUCGAGAUGAUCAAGAAGAUCUUUUAUUAAUAUGUGAUGAAUGUGGGAAUGGUUAUCAUACAUUCUGUUUGGAAUUACCUGGUGUUCCUGAAACACCUGAAUGGAUGUGUCCAUUAUGUGAAGUUGAUCAAUUAUCAGCUGAUGAAGUGUUAUAUGAAAAUAGUGAUAUUGAAGAACUUCAAGAUAUACUUUUUGAUGAUACAUUAAAUACAACUGAAACUGAUACUGAGGUUGCUGAUACUACUGUGCCUGUUAGACAAACACGAGUACGACAAACAGCACGUAUGAGAACGGGUGGAGUACGUAAUCAACGUACAACAUCACCAAAUACAAGACCACGUCGUCGUCGUCGUCAACGACAAUCAAGACGACGACGUAUACCAACUACAAGACGAUUAACAUUAAUGGAACAACAACGACAACGUCAAAGACGUCAACGACAAGUGCUUCAUGAUGUUAAUCGACGAAUAGAUAAUGUUAAUACAAGAACAAGAGAGGGUUCAACAUCAACUAAUGCACAAAGUUCUACUAAUCGAAAUGAUACACCAAGAUUAUCUAUUUUUGAUGGUGAACCAAUUGCUUUAGAAGAUGAAUCAUCAUCAACAACAACAACAACAACAGCAAUGUUACCAGCACAUCGAUCUAUAAUUACACCAAAUGAAGCAGCUCGUCGAAUAGCUGCAAGUGGUAUACCAAUAAUGUCUCGUAGUCAUACAGAACCAUCAAUAAGUCGAGAAUUAAGUAUAAGACGAACAACACCAAUACUUGAUCGUGUACCAUCACGAACAAUUCGUCCACCACGAAUAGCGCCAACACAACCACGAAUACCUAUUAAUCAAUUACCACGUAUUCAACGUCGAACUGAUGCACCAGUUCGACCAUCUCCAACACCACGAUCAUCAACAAUGACAACACGACCAUCAAAUUCAACAUCUUCAGUUGCUCCAUCAUUUAUUGAUAAUCUUCUUAAUUCUCAAGAACGUCUUCAUAAUUUACAAAAUAUGUCGAUUCAGGAACCACCUGUUCGUUUUAAUAUUCCUGAACAAACACCAUCGUCAUCUAUUGUGACAAAUCCAGGCAAUGAAGCGUACGAUCCAUUUACUAUUGAUUAUGAUGAUGACGGUGAUAACAAAAAUAAUAAUAAUGAGAGUGAACAGUUAAAAAAUGCAAAACAUCAAAAGCAAGAUUCCAUUCGGAUUAACAAUGGAAUGGCAACCCACCCUGUGAUUAAUAAUACGAAUACAUCAUCAAAUUCAGACAAAUCUUCGUCAUUACAAACGAAUGAACAAGAACAAUCACAACAUAAAAGUAAAAGUCCUGUAGAACAUAAUAAUAAUCAUUCAGACCACCGAUCACAGUCACCAUCUCAUCGUAAUCAUAAUUCUUCGGAUCGAAAGCGUCGUCGUCCUUCAUCACCUAAUUCAUCUAUAGUAACAACAGUGAACAAUAAUGAAUCAUCAUCAAAUAUAGACACAAUCUCAUCGUCAAAACAUAAAAAAUCCUCUCGAAAUGACGAACGAAAAAAAUCUAAACAUCAUCUUAAACGUCGAUCAUCUUCAGUAUCUUCAUCAUCAAAAUCUCCAUCAUCACCUUCAACAUCAAAUAAUCAUAAAAAAACAUUUGAUCUAAAAGAUGAAAAAUCUUCAAAUUCAUCUUAUAAUAAAUCAACACGCCGUUCUGAAAAACGAGAUGAUUAUUAUUCACAUCGAUCACGUAAUUAUCCUUCAUAUACAUCGUCAAAAUAUUCAUCUCGUGAUUAUUCAUCUUCAACACAUCAAUCAAAUGCUGAUCGUCGUACAACGCACUCAAAUUUUUCUAGUCCACCUCGUCUUCUUUCAAAAAUUGUAACAACCGAUGGAAAUUCAUCUCUUCAUAAUAAUGAAACAAAACAACAUGAAAUAUCAACAGAAGAUCGUAAUCGAAUUUAUAAUCGUCUAAAAAAUAUGAAUGAUACAAAUACACCUAUUAUUCCUAUAAAUCAUUCGAACAAAAUUUCAUCGCCAAGUUCAUCAUUUAGUACUACAAAUGGUGGAUCUCAACGUUCACGUAGUAAUUUAAUUCAAAUAGUCACUACAGCAGCUACAUCUGAAUUUACACAAGCACCUCCAGUUCGAUUAUUGUCAUCACAAAUUAAAUCUGAAUCAGUCAAACCAUUAUCCGUUCCUUCUAUUCCUGCUAAAGUUGAAUCUAAAACCAAUACAAAUGAUUCUAUUCAAUCCACAAUAACAUCAAAAACUAAUGGUAACACAGCUGAUGAUAUGCUUAUGGAAGAAAUGUUACUUGAAGAAGAACAAGAACAAAGUCCCGUAAAAUCUAUUGACCUCGAUAGUUUAACCAUACCUGAAGCUUCAAUUCAAAAAAUCGACAGUAAAGAAGAAUCCAUCAAAGUCAUAACACCAACGACCACAGCAACAACAGCAACAGUCACCAUCACAACAACAACGACUUCAACUACAACUUCUGUUCCUUCUCUAACACCAUCACCAACAAAAAAACCAUAUACAUUGUACAAAGUUCCACAUACAAAUCAUAUGACACCACGUCUAUCAUCCCGACAUAAAAAACAAAGUAAAAAAGAAUCAUCAACCACACAACCUGACUCAACAACAACGAACAAACCUUCAACAGAUGAUAAUUCACGACAAACAUCUCUUGAUGAACGAAUAUCAAAUUUAUUCGGUGCACCACCACCACCACCAACAACAACAACAUCAUCAAAUAAAUCCAUAAAUUCAUCUACUGAGCAACAACAGCAGCAAAUCGAUAAUCGAACAAAUCCAACAACAAUAAUAUCAACACCUAGUGAUAAAAGUACUGAAAGUCCUCAAGAUAUACCAUCAUUAAUUUCAACGAUGAUUAAAAAAGAACAAGAUCAUUUAUCAUUAACAAAAAAACUUAAUAUAAAUGAUGAACGACGUUCAACAACAUCAAAACAUUAUACCACCGAAUGGCUAGCAUCACAAAAACCUGAAGAAGCACCAACAGAAGACUUAAUUGCUCUUCCAUCACUUGUUACAUUACCAACACUUGUUUCAAGUCAACCAUCAACAACUCCAAAUACAAUACCACCAAUUUCAAAUUCAGGUGAAGCUACUAUGCUCGGUAAACUUUCUGAAGCUAUGAGUAAAUUAAUUCAAAAACAAGGUGAUACGAAUCUACCAACAACAGCUACAACGACAACAAUAACAACAAUAACAACAACUGAAACAGAUGAUACUGUUCCAAUAUCAGCUAAACAUCUUGAACGUAUCGAAAGAAGGAAACAACGUGAAAAACGUCAAAGUGAAAUAGCUGCCAUUGCUAAAGAAGCUUUAAAACCAGCAUUUAGAAGACAUGAUAUUACAAAAGAUGAAUAUAAAGAAAUAAUGAAAAAAGUCGUUACAAAAGCUACAAAUGCUAAUGAAGUUGAUCGUGUACGAAUAAGUAAAAUGAUUGAUGCAUAUGUACAAAAAUAUCGAACAAUUCGUCAACAUAAUAUUUCAAAAACUUCGAAUGGAAAUUCAUCAUGA